GAGCGUACGUGAAGGCACCGCAACAACUCUUCCUCCUCCUUGCUAAUAGCACUCUGGCUACUGUUGCUACAAUACAUACAGACGACGUUAGAUUACACUGGAAGUCAACGUCGGUUUAACUAAACAAAGAUAUGUUUUCUUUCUUUUUUAUUUUACUUGAUGUACUUUGACCUUGGCAGACUAGUUUGCAUGAACGACAUUUUUCAAUAAAAGCUAACGCUCGAGUUUAGCUGCGCAACGGGUUUAGCCCAUUUAAUUAGCUUUGUGCUAGCGUUCAAAUUCCCGAAGACCCACUGUGAAUGGAAGCCGACCUACGGAGUGAACACGUCAACUUGAGGGGUACUAUACAGGAAACAAAGGCUGGAGUUUAUUUGAGGAAGCGUCUCGAACCCAAGAACAUCAAGCUAACCAUUGCUAACUUUGUUGGAACGAAGGAAUCUUUGUAUAAAAUGACCCACGCACAGAAACGAAAUAGCGUAACAUAACGCAGCAUCGCCGUCUGUUUGGAGGUUUGUUUUGAUUUUCAGAAACUAGAUUCUACAUUUCGUCGUCACCUCAAACAACAUUGCAAGCUGACACUUGAAGGAAGGAAUGGUGACAUUAUCGGACUGACCCUGCCCUCCGUCCCAGGUAGGGGAGUAGUGAACACUCCCCGGCCUGGUGAUGGGGAAACAUCCGUUCCAGCUUCCUUCUUUUGUGUUUUAAAUCCUCUUCCAGGUGACAAAAUGAACCACUGCCUGACGUGAUAUCUCUGGACAAUUGUACGAUCAUCAUGGAACCAGAUGAAGUUAUUCAACCAGACAGUCGUUGCUAAAAUCAUGGACGUUUGAUUUUUGGGUGUGUGUGUGUGUUUUUAAAGACCGUUUUACCACACGCUCUCCGACAUGUCUGCAUACGCCGAGUUCGUGCCUCCUCCUGAAUGCCCGGUGUUCGAGCCGAGUUGGGAGGACUUUUCGGAUCCUUUAGGGUUUAUUAACAAAAUCAGACCCAUCGCGGAGAAAAAUGGCAUCUGCAAGAUAAGGCCUCCACAGGACUGGCAGCCUCCAUUCGCCUGCGAAGUUAGAAACUUUCGCUUCACUCCAAGAGUGCAAAGACUAAAUGAACUUGAGGCCCUAACUCGGGUUAAACUAAACUUUCUGGAUCAAAUAGCAAAGUUCUGGGAGCUGCAGGGAUCAAAGAUUCGAUUUCCUCACGUGGAGAGAAAGGUUCUGGACCUCUAUCAGCUCAGCAAGAUUGUGUCAUCCGAAGGUGGCUUUGAGACUAUCUGCAAAGAGAAGAGAUGGUCCAAAGUGUCGAGUCGAAUGGGUUUCCCACCGGGAAAAGGCACUGGUUCCCUGCUGCGUUCCCACUAUGAGAGAAUCCUUUACCCUUACGAGCUCUUCCAGUCUGGAGCUACGCUCACCGGACUCCAACGGCUGUAUGACGAGGCAACGGACGGGGAAGACGUAGAUGAGGGGGUUGGCGAGGAAACAAUGGAGGAAGACGAGGAUCAAGAAGAGGAGGACGAGAAGGACAAGGAGAAAGACGUGGAGGGCGAAGUGACACAAACCAAGGGGCAGCUUCUUCCCGAGAGGCGCUCCAGACGUCUCAAGUCAGAGAGGGAGAACAAGGACCCUAAAGGUCUCAAAAUCUUUGAAACAAGUCCCAGGAUGGUCGAUUUAGAGAUCGUGUCUGCUGACGACGGGUUUAUUAAGAAGCAGCGUCACCUCAAAGCUCAAGCCUUUGCCAUCAAAAUGAGACCACGUAAGGAGACCCUGGAGGUCAACUUCAUUGACCUUUACCUCUGCCUGGUGUGUGGACGCGGAGACGAGGAGGACCGCCUCCUGCUGUGUGACGGCUGUGAUGACAGCUACCACACCUUCUGCCUCAUCCCCCCUCUGCAGGAUGUGCCCAAGGGGGACUGGCGUUGCCCCAAGUGUGUUGCUGAGGAGUGCAGCAAACCCAGAGAGGCGUUUGGCUUUGAGCAGGCGGUCAGAGAGUACACGCUGCAGAGCUUCGGAGAAAUGGCCGACAACUUUAAAUCAGACUAUUUUAAUAUGCCGGUUCACAUGGUCCCUACAGAGCUGGUGGAGAAGGAGUUCUGGCGUCUGGUCAGCAGCAUCGAGGAGGACGUAAUCGUAGAGUACGGAGCUGACAUCAGCUCCAAGGAGGUGGGAAGUGGGUUUCCUGUGAAAGAUGGCAAGAGGAGGCUUCUGGGAGAUGAGGAGGAAUACGCCAACUCUGGCUGGAACUUGAACAACAUGCCGGUUCUGGAGCAGUCGGUUCUCGCUCACAUUAAUGUGGACAUAUCCGGCAUGAAGGUUCCCUGGCUCUAUGUUGGGAUGUGCUUCUCCUCCUUCUGCUGGCACAUCGAGGACCACUGGAGUUACUCCAUUAACUUCCUGCACUGGGGAGAACCCAAGACUUGGUAUGGAGUACCGGCCUCUGCAGCAGAGAAACUGGAGGCUGUGAUGAAAAAAUUGGCCCCAGAGCUGUUCGACUCUCAACCCGACCUCCUUCACCAGCUGGUCACCAUCAUGAAUCCAAACGUCCUCAUGGAGCACGGUGUUCCUGUUUACAGGACUAACCAGUGUGCCGGGGAGUUUGUGGUGACCUUCCCCAGAGCCUAUCACAGCGGCUUCAACCAGGGCUACAACUUUGCAGAAGCUGUUAAUUUCUGCACAGCUGACUGGUUACCUUUGGGGCGCCAGUGCGUUGCUCACUACCGACGGCUCCACCGCUACUGCGUCUUCUCCCACGAAGAACUGUUGUGCAAGAUGGCGGCUGAUCCCGAGAGCCUCGACGUGGAACUGGCUGCGUCCAUUUUCAAGGAGAUGGGAGAGAUGAUAGAGGAGGAGACGAAGCUCAGGCAGGCUGUCCAAGAAAUGGGGGUGCUGUCAUCAGAACAGGAGGUCUUUGAGCUCGUUCCAGACGAUGAGCGUCAGUGUCACAAGUGUAAGACCACCUGCUUCCUUUCGGCGUUGACCUGUCCCUGUUGUCCGGACCGGCUGGUUUGCCUCCAUCAUGCCAAGGAUCUCUGCGACUGUCCUCUUGGCAACAAGUGUCUUCGAUAUCGUUAUGAUCUGGAGGAGUUUCCAUCCAUGUUGUAUGGCGUUAAGACCCGGGCUCAGUCCUACGACACCUGGGCCAAGAGGGUCUCUGAAGCUUUGGUAGCGGAUCAGAAGAACAAAAAAGAUUUGAUUGAACUCAAGGUUUUGCUGGAGGACGCAGAAGACAGGAAAUACCCUGAGAACUCGUUGUUCCGUCGCUUGAGGGAGAUGGUGAAAGAAGCGGAGACGUGUUCCUCAGUGGCUCAGUUGUUGCUCAGCCGUAAGCAGAGGCACAGCAGCCGCCUUCGUUCUGAAAGCAGCCGUAAUCGCACCAAACUGACCGUAGAUGAGCUGAAAGCCUUUGUGGGCCAGCUCUACAGGCUGCCAUGUAUCAUCAGCCAGGCGCGACAAGUCAAAGAGUUACUGGAGACUGUGGAGGACUUCCACGAGCGAGCCCAGGUGGCUUUAUCAGACGAGACGCCCGAUUCCGCCAAGCUGCAGGAGCUUUUGGAUCUGGGAAGCGGCCUGGACGUAGAGCUGCCCGAGCUGCCUAGACUCAAACAGGAGCUGCAACAGGCCAGGUGGCUUGAUGAGGUCCGUGUCACCCUUUCUGAACCACACUGUGUCACUCUGGAGCUGAUGAAGAGGCUGAUCGACUGGGGGGUGGGACUGGCUCCACAUCAUGCUGUGGAGAAGGCGAUGGCAGAGCUACAAGAGGUCCUCACUGUCUCAGAGAGGUGGGAGGACAAGGCACGUGCCUGUCUAGGUGCCAGACCUCGACACAGCAUGGUGACCCUGGAGAGCAUCGUGCUGGAGGCCAGAAACAUCCCAGCAUAUCUGCCCAAUAUUCUGGCUCUAGAAGACGCCCUCCACAAAGCAAAGGAGUGGAGCGCUAAGGUGGAGGCCAUCCAUAACGGAAGCAGCUACGCUUAUCUGGAGCAGCUGGAAAGCCUCCUGGCCAGAGGUCGCUCCAUCCCCGUUCGACUUGAUCCACUGGCCCUGGUGGAGACCCAGGUGGCUUCAGCUCGGGCCUGGAGGGAGAGGACCGCUCGCACAUUCCUGAAGAAGAACUCUACGUACACGCUGCUCCAGGUUCUCAGCCCACGUAUGGAUAUCGGCGUUUACAGCAACAGCAAGAGCAAGCGGAGGCGGGUCAAGGAGCUUAUGGAGAAGGAGAGAGGUGGCUUUGACCCCCACACUUUGAGCGACCUGGAGGAGAGCCUUGAGGAGGUCCGAGACCCUUCAACUGUUGUAGCUGCUUUCAAAGCCAAAGAGCAAAAGGAAGUGAACGCCAUUCACUCGCUCCGUGCUGCUAAUUUAGCCAAAAUGGCCAUGGCGGACCGCAUUGAGGAGGUCAAGUUCUGUCUGUGUCGAAAGACAGCCAGUGGCUUCAUGCUGCAGUGUGAGCUUUGUAAGGACUGGUUCCACGGCGCCUGCGUCCCUUUACCUAAAACAGGAACUCAAAAGAAAGUGGGCGUGGCCUGGCAGAGCAACAGCAAAGACUCCAAAUUCUUGUGUCCGCUGUGUCAGAGGUCGAGGAGACCGAGGCUGGAGACCAUUCUGUCCCUGCUGGUUUCCUUACAAAAGCUGCCGGUGCGUCUGCCAGAAGGAGAAGCUCUGCAGUGUUUAACAGAGAGAGCAAUGAGCUGGCAGGACCGAGCGCGUCAAGCUCUGGCUACCGAGGAGCUGUCCUCCGCUCUGGCCAAGCUGUCUGUGCUGAGUCAGCGUAUGGUGGAGCAGGCGGCGAGGGAGAAGACGGAGAAGAUCAUCAACGCCGAGCUGCAGAAAGCUGCUGCCAAUCCAGACCUGCAGGGCCACAUCCAAACCUUUCAACAGUCCGGUUUCAGCAGAGCCACGUCGCCUCGCCAGUGCAUGGACUACGACGACGAGGAAACGGACUCGGAUGAGGACAUCAGAGAGACCUACGGUUAUGACAUGAAGGACCCAGGCGAGGUGAAGCCCUACCUGUUCUGUGACGAGGAGAUUCCCGUCAAGUCCGAGGAGGUGGUCAGUCACAUGUGGCCGGCAGCCACUCCUUCCUUCUGUGCCGAGCAUGCCUACUCAUCAGCGUCCAAGUCCUGUGUUCAAAACCUGGGCACUCCCAGAAAGCAGCCCCGGAAGACCCCUCUGGUCCCUCGGAGCCUGGAACCGCCAGUGCUCGAGCUGUCCCCACAAGCUAAGGCCCAGCUGGAGGACCUGAUGAUGCUGGGAGACCUGCUGGAGGUGUCUCUGGAUGAGACCCAGCACAUCUGGAGGAUCCUGCAGGCCACGCAGCCUCCCUCUGAGGAGAGAUUCUUACAAGUCUUAGAGCCUGACAACUCUCUCAUGGAGAAGCCUCUGAAGAUCAAACUCAAGGAUUCAGAGAAGAAAAGGAAACGGAAGCUGAAGCGAGCCGAGCACCACCACAUGCUGAUGGCCACUGCCGGCGGAGUCUCGGCCAUGGGAGACAUCCGACUGUCCAAGGCCAAAGAGCUGAAAAGAGCUGGUCUGGAACUCGGCCUCGGGGGCAAACCCAAGAAAAAGAAGCUCAAACUUGGCCUGGAGAAGAACCGGGAGAUGAAACAGUUAGCUAAACGUUUAGCCAAGGAGGAGAAGGAGAGGAAGAGGAAGGAGAAAGCGGCUGCGAAGGUGGAGGCCAUCAAGGAGGGGCUGGAGAAGAGGAAGGAGAAGAAGAUCCUGGACAUUCCCUCCAAGUACGACUGGUCAGGAGCCGAGGACUCCAACGACGAAAACGCAGUGUGUGCUGCCAAGAACUGCCAGAGGCCAUGUAAAGACAAGGUGGACUGGGUGCAGUGUGACGGGGGCUGUGACGAGUGGUUCCACCAGGUGUGUGUGGGGGUUUCCUGCGAAAUGGCGGAAAAUGAGGACUAUAUUUGCGUGGACUGCUCUGAGAAGGCGGGCAGCGUGGGCGGAGGGAUUACAGUGGAGGAGGUGGCGGAGGAGAGCGUCGUGGUGCUGUCCACGUGCGGUGGAGUGCAGAGCUUAUCCUCGGCAUCUCUGCCCAUGUCCUCGUGGUCCUCUUUGACCCACAUAACCCCAGCUGCUCCAGGUCUACAGCAAGAACCAGGGCUGGGCAGCUAGCGCCAAACACCGGCCAAGAAAUCAGCACCUUACACACAAAAACCAGAGACCAGCUCAGUGUUGCUUUGAUUUAAAAGCACAAAGGGACUUGUGUGUGACAUCACAAAUGAGUGCAGAGUUAGCUCUCCAAUAAACGUUGUAGAUGAAGAAACAUCCGACCGCUCCUCUCUGAAGGCUCUGAUGUACAAACACCAGGACGUCCUGUACCACUGCCCUCUGCCUGGCCCCUCAGACAGGAACAAGUAGGACUCAAGACUAGGAAACCAAGUGGUGGUGAUGUAGAGUUAUUUAUAAUGUAUAUAGCUUUUAACAAUUAAAUGGAUUGUGGCUUUUUUGUUUUCUCACCUUUAAUAAACAAAUCCUAGUCAAACA